AAUAAGUCAUACGCGUCUUCCUCCUGACUUUUUAAUGGGGAUGACGCUGUAAGCUCACAUGCAGUCAAAGACAAAGUAGAAACAGGAAACCCCUGCUGUUUAUAUCUGCACGACCCAUUGCUACAGACAGUGUUUACCGCCAAUAGAAAUAUAGGUGAAUCACCUCCGCAGCUUUUGAAAAAAGCAUACCCACUUGGGGAAGAAGAGCGAUGUAUGUACUCCAUGUUUUGAAAUGAAACAAAUAAAUAUUGCAAUGUUUGACCAGUGUGCAGUCGUGUGGGGUGCGCGGACGGGAAGCAUUAAUUACUCCCAUUUUCAUUUACUCUUAUAGUCAGACCUCUCAUUACUUGCUUUGCAAGGAAGCUUCCUCGAUCAAAACUCAGGCCCUUGCUCUUAUCUCUGCAUACUUUCUUCUUUUUCUUCCAAUUGAGAAGAGAUUGAGGUCGCAUCCUCAGGGAAUUGCAACAGCAGUAGCAGGAAUUCUUUGUUUCAAGGUUUGAGAUCGUCUUAUCAUAGUGUUGAAGAUAGAAGGCGUGAAAGUGCCAUGGCAUCCAAAGUGGAGGAGGAGGAAGCAUCCUCCAAGUCCAAGGGCAAGAAAGAGUUUCUUUCCAGGAUUAAGUUGGCAGCUGGCUUUAUUCCAUCAUCAUCUGAUAAGGGAAAAGGUCGAUCAAAGUUGUCGAACAAAGGAGUAAUUCAUGGAUUUCAUUUGGUAAAGGGUAAAUCAAGGCAUGAUAUGGAGGAUUACUAUGUCGCAGAAUAUAAACAUUUAAAAGAUCAUGAUUUGGGCCUCUUUGCUAUCUUUGAUGGACAUUUAGGACAUAAGGUCCCGAGCUACUUGCAAUCCAAUCUCUUUGACAACAUUUUGAAUGAGCCUGGGUUCUGGACAGAGCCAGAGAAGGCUAUAAAGAGUGCAUACCGCCGGACAGAUGGAAAGAUUUUGGCUCAAACAGCUGAUUUAGGGCCUGGUGGCUCAACGGCAGUUACUGCCAUUUUAAUUGAUGGUAAGAAACUUUUUGUAGCAAAUGUUGGGGAUUCUAGGGCUGUUCUAUGUCAAGGUGGCACUGCCAUUCAGCUGACUGUUGAUCAUGAACCAAGCACUGAACGUCAAAACAUUGAGAAGAAGGGUGGCUUUGUGACAAAUUUACCAGGAGAUGUCCCUAGAGUUAAUGGUCAACUUGCCGUAGCUCGUGCAUUUGGUGAUGGAAGCCUAAAGCAACAUUUAAGCUCAGAACCUGAUGUAAUACAGAGGAAUGUAGAUACAGCAACAGAAUUUCUCAUCUUGGCUAGUGAUGGAUUGUGGAAGGUCAUGAAAAAUCAAGAGGCCGUUGACUUGGUUAGAAAGAUAAAGGAUCCUCAAGUGGCAGCCAAGUGCCUACCGAACAGGCAGUAUCAAGAAAGAGCAAAGAUGAUAUUUCAUGCAUUGUUGUUCGCUUCCAAAGCUAGUGGAUUUACAUUUACUCCAGGGACAAUCUAGAAGUGUGCCAAGAUACCCCCUAUGCUCGAAAAGGAGCAUGGCACCCCUUCAAUUUAAUCAAUAUUCUUGACUCCUUUUGUUGUGCCUAUUAGAAUGUUACAUAUGCUAUAAAGGAAAUGGGAAGCGCUUGUUUCUUUUUUUGAAGUUAUCAACCAUCGAGAAUUUAAUUUUUUAAAUACAAGAACAUUUAAAUGCUUCACAGAAGCUUUGAUAGAUGUAAAAAAGUUGAUGUUAGUAGGUGGUGGCAUGUCCAUGCUUUCAAGUGCUAUAAACAGGAACACAAAUUUUCAGUUAAAUAUUUACACUGAAGUGUUGUGUGCAAGCUCAAAUGCACAUAUGGGAAAACAUGAUUUGAACAUGGUACUGCAACUAUCUAUGUAAUAAUACUCUAAUGGUCUGGCCAUUUGAGUGGAAAUAUUUUUUUGGGUGGAUGCGACAUAUAUGUGAUGGAACUUGGUCAUAAAACCAAGCCUCAUCAUUUAAGACAA